AUGGACGAUAUCGCGCAUCCGAAAAAAAUCAACCUGGCUAUGAUCAGAAGACUCCUCGACGAGUCCAAAAUUGACCAACAGUCUAUGGACGCAAUCUACAACUAUUCAGUUGUUCCCCGCGCCGAACUUGAGGAAGCGCAACACUCAGUGGAAGAACUGAAAGAGAAAGUGGCUCGACUAGAAGCCAGUCUCGAGCAUGAAUCACGACAAAAUGCAACCCACUCCAAGAUCCUAUUGGACCAUAUUAUGAAGUUGGAACCCGAACAAAAGCGGGCGGAACAUGCGAUGAAGCCCGAGACCGAGUUGACAACAAACAUUACCACCCAGGCCGGUCGAGGUCAUAUCUAG